AUAUGGCGUCGGUUUGUUGUUGUUAGAAAGUACGCAAUGUGAAAACCAUUUUUUGAACAGUUCAGAAAAGUGUGGGUUAUCUCAUUGGAGAUAUAUUGGGAUUCGUUAGAAUGGGUGAUAAUGAAGACACAAAAAUACAGUUAACAUCAGCAUUUGGCAAUUUACAAGUGAGACAAGAGCAGACCGAUUUUCUAGAAAGGUAUGAGCAGGAUCUGACACUUACAGGGGGAAGUGACAGGAAUAAAUUAGAUGCCUUUUGGACAACUGUGAUUGGUUCCACUUCUGAAGAGGAAAAAGAAGGUGCUAAAGUUCAAAAUAGUAUUAAACACAAAAAGAAAAUUCCCAAGAGAAUGGAACCUUAUCCUCAAGAGGUCAUAUUUUCUAUGCAGAAAAUAUCUUUAAAUCAUGAAAAGUGUGAAAAUGAGCAGUGCAUGUGUUCAAAGCAAAGAUCUCAAGCAGAGACAGAGAAGAAAUACAAUUAUGCCCAAGUUACCAGUUUGACACCGCCCCCACGUAAAUACAUAAGGGAAGCUAGACUAAAACUCCAUCACUCAGAGAAGGAUAGAAAGCAAAUUAUAAGAUCAGCACGAUUAAAGUUAGUGAAAAAAGGAAGGCAUAGUGAGAAAAUUCCUUUACAUGUGGAGAGAACUAAGUUGCCAGUGACAGGUGCUUUGGACAGUCCUACAAACAGUACCUUUCUUUUUGGGGCAGGGUGUAAAACCAAUCUUGAAAAUUUUUCUUCCUUAAAUCAGGGCUUUAGCGAAAAAGGAAAAGAUUUAGAAAAUGCCAGUCUUCAUAAGAGAUUGAAAUCUUCCAACCAUAAACACCACUUUAGGUCUAAAACUGACCCUAUGUAUUUUUCCAAAGCUGUGGGUUCUGAAAGUGUAAAAAGCAGAAGUUCUGACCAGUAUUUAGAGAGGAGUUGUUCACAGGAGGCUAGGUUAGAUGACAUGACUGUGGAUGAAUUAGCCUGCUAUUUUGAUGAUUUUGUGUAUAUUCCAAAGAAAAUGUCAAGUAUGGCAGAAAUGAUGUAUAUAUAGGGUGCCAAGUUUGCAAGAGAAAAUUCUUCUCAUAAUAGUGCAGUUUUUGCUUUUUGUUUAUGAUGUGGUCAGGAUAGUGAGAGUACUUCCUCUUGUUCAACAACUGAAAUUCACUUUUAUUGCAGUUUAAAUGGUGAUUAGGUUACACACCUUGCAUAAUCCUUUGGUUAAUGUGAUUAAAUUGUAUUUAGUUUUUGUGAAGAAGUUUCAUGCUUCAUUAGAAAAAUGCAGGAAGCAUUGCAAUUGUUUGUGGUCAGAUUAAAUGGUCAUGAGUGUGUUAUUGUUUUUUUUCCCAAAUGGAUAUUAUUCAUUCAAAGGUUAUUUUGUCAUGGUAGUCAUAUUGUCCAGUCAGUGCAGGAAUCUAGUCAUUUGAAGUGGCUUCAAGUAAUAUAUUAUUGAAAAGAUGUAAUAGGGUUAAAUGGUAAAACAUGUAAAAAAAAAAAUUCUCUUUCACAAAUUUGUUUGAAGAAGUGUGAAGAUUACACUGUAACAUGUUUAUGCAAUGUUUAAUUACUUGGUACCGUAAACAAAGCAUGUUUAUCAACAUAAAAAGUACUGUUUUGGAUUGUCUGUGCGUUCUUAACAGUCUUUCUUUUAGCUUAAAAUUAUUGUUUUCAAUUUAAGGUGGGAAAGAAAAAACAUUGCCAAAUUUGCCUUUCUUGGACUUAUGUUUGGCUUUUUCAGAUUGUUUUAAAAUCUGUUUUGCUUUGAAUUUUGAAUCUAUCCACAGAAGAAUUUUUGCAAGCUUGAUUUGAAGGAUUUAAACUGUGUAAAGUAAAUAAACUGCAUCUUACAUUUUGAAAA